GACGACGACGACGACGACGACCAUGGUUGCCCGCGAAAGCAACGAUUCCAACGAUCACCAAGUACCAACCUUUAUUGACGAUAUGUCGUAACAUUAUUAUUCAUACCUUUUGCGAUCUCUUGCUUGAUAUCUCGCCAGUGCCAGCUGAGGAAACAUUACUAGAACGGAAUAUCAAAGAGAAAUGGCUUUUAGUAUGACGCGAUUUUCAAACGAGAAAUCGAACGAUCGAAACGGAACCUUUCAAACUUAUGUCAAUGAAUAUAUAUAUACAUUUACAUGUAUGUGUAUGCGAUGGUAUCAUAUGUGGAAUUUAAAUUGCUACUAAUCGGAACAUUUAUUUUUUACGACGGUGAUGCAUCAUCUUUAUGAUUUUACUUUGUAUGUGCGUUUUGAUCUGUAACGCACAAUCGACAGACGAACAGCAACAAUCUGGAAGAUCUCGUGUUUCCGAAGACCAACUAAACAUGGCUUUGAGCGAUCAACGUUACUUGAGAAGACAACUGAAGUGUGCUUUGGGAGAGGCGUCUUGCGAUCCUGUUGGAAGACGUUUGAAAAGUUUGGCACCAUUGGUUUUGAGAGGUUCCUGUCCACAAUGUACCCCAGAGGAAACGCGUCAAAUCAAGAAGGUCUUUUCUCACAUUCAAAGAUCCUUCCCAAAGGAAUGGGCAAAGGUUGUACAGCAAUACGCUGGUGUUUCGUAGUCCUACGAAAGGAUAUAUAGGAGAAAGUGACAAAAAUGAGAAUAACUCGGUCGUGGAUGAAACAGCGAAAACGAUGAUGCUAUCCAAAAUAAUAAAUGGAAUGAAAGAAUACACGCAAAUAUAUUUUUUGUAUGUUUAUACAUUGA